AACUAGCUCCUCCACUAUACAUUCGCCCUAUUAUUUACAGAACAACGUUGCUGUUUAGUGUUAUUAGGCGUUUUAAACGUCAGGUUGUGAUGAAUGUAGGAUGAUAUGAGCUGAAGAAAAAGAGAACUAUGUCUAAGUAUAAUCAGAUAAACGCCGAAGUAGCUACAAUCCUCACUGUUCGAGAAGCAAAACAAAUCGGGAUAGAAACAGCACAAAAAAGCGAUAAAGAUUCGUUUGGUUUUUCCGAAAUGGAAAUCAAGGAUUAUGGACCAUGCUAUUUUCUGCUUAGCAGGUAAUUUAACCUAACAAGGAAAUGUAUUCAGUCGCUGGUGUUAAAACAUGAUCGAGAACAAACACGAGACACUUUGCCCUGUAUCUAAUUUGUUAGCAAAUGAGAGAAAUGAAGAGGCAGAAAGUCAUUUAAUUUUUAAAUGUGAUACUGAAGCAUCUAAGAUAUAAUUAAUUGUGGAGUUUAGUGAGGUUGUGUGAUCAAAUUCACGCAGAUGCCAUCUCGACUGAUGCCAUUCAUUCGGAGCUACACGUCAACACGGCCGCCAUAUUGGAGAGGGAGGAAGCUCCGCCUCAGAGUUCACAAAAGUUUAUCAAAUCAGAUCUGCGUCAGCAUUCAGGCUUCAACUUUUAAUAUUUAGACUGAUUUUUAAUGUAAAACAAAUUGAAAUUUUAAAUGAUAAAAGAGGGAAAGAAGAAAAAUAUAUACAAAUAAAUAAAUAUUCCCAUGAAAUUAAUAAUUAUGCAUGAAAGUGUAUUGUUAAGCCUGUUCUCUUUAAAUUAACUAGAUUGUAUCUGUUAGAUAUAAAAAAAGAUAAGAUUUUUCCUGAAAUAAUGAGAUGAAAAACCAAAUAAACAAAUUAGAUGACUAUGAAUGAAACUUAUGAAGCUUCACCUGAACACCGUUUUUUAAAACAAAGAUAUUUUACACCUGCAUUAGGGUAAUGUGAAGAUAAAUAUUUAUUUAAAUGUUCUGACUGGUUAAACUUUGUGUAACUUCAGUGUCAGACUGCUGUACUAGAAAACUAGCAGACGAUCCAGCACAUAUGGCCUAAAAUCAGAAGCAACCAUAAGAAACAUCCUUGAGCUGCAAACGAGGUUGUACAAAAAGGAGAAUCACAGGUGGAGUGAAGAUGGCUCAAAGGAAGAUCCUUCAACCAGUUGACCCCAGAGGGCUCGGUUUGGUGCCCCCCAUAUCUGCAGCAUCCACAUCAGAACUGGAAGAGAUACAAGACAGCAAAGAUCUAACGUUACCUGCAGAUGUCCAGCAGCUAUUAGUGAUUAAAGAAGAGGUUCCUUGGAGCUCCAGUCUGGACCAGCAGGAUCCAGAACCCGUCCACGUGAAGGAGGAAAAGCAGGAACUCUGGACCAGUCAGAAGCUUGAUGAACAGGAGGAGACUGACAUCAACAGGUUCUCAUUAAAUGCUGUUAAUGUGAAGAGUGACGAUGAUGAAGAGCAACCUCAGUCCUCACAGCUUCAUCGGAUCAAAGCUGAAGACGGCAGAGAGACAGAACCUCCAGCCGGCAGCUCAGAUAUACAGAUGAAAACAGAAACUGAUGGAGAGGACUGUGGAGGACCAGAACCAACCAGGAACCUGGAUCCAAAUAGUUAUUUAGAGCCAAAUUCUGAUCAAGGGGAAUCAGACUCUUCACAGACAGAAGUCAGUGAUGAUGAUUGUUGGCAGAACUCUUCAGUUUGUGGACCUGAAGCUGAAUCGGGGUCUCUCAUUAACCACAUGCAAGUCCACUCUGCAGAGAAGCUGUUUGGCUGUGAUGACUGUGGUAAAAGAUUCUCCAACAACACACAUCUCAAAGCACACAUGCGCACCCACACAGGAGAGAAACCAUUUGACUGUGAGCUCUGUGGCAAAAGAUUUAACAAAAAGACGAAUCUUAAAACACACGUGCAAAUCCACACAGGAAAGAAGCCGUUUAGCUGCAGUGAUUGUGGAAAAAGAUUUUACCGAAAUUCAGGUCUUAAUAGACACAUGCACAUCCACAAAGGAGAAAAGACAUUUGGAUGUGAUCAUUGCGGUAAAAGAUUUAAUCUAAACGCGAAUCUUAAAGCACACACAAGAAUCCACGUGGGAGAGAAACCGUUCAGCUGUGAUGAUUGUGGCAAAAGAUUUUACAGAAACACUUGUCUUAAGAGGCACAUGAUCGUGCACACGAGAGAGCAGUUAUUUAGCUGCAAUGACUGUGGAAAGAAGUUUCGCCGCAAUUCAUGUCUUAAAAGACACAUGAUGAUACACACAGGAGAGAAAGCAUUUGGUUGUGAUGAAUGUGGGAAAAGAUUUAGCCGAAAUGCAGUUCUAAUAACGCACAUGAGAGUCCACACAGGAGAGAAACCAUACGGCUGUGAUGACUGUGGUAAAAGAUUUAGUCAUAAGGUACGUCUAAAGUCACAUGUAAGCGUCCACACAAGAGAAACUUGUUGGCUGUGAUCUUUGUGAUAAAAGACAGGAAUAAAAUGCUCAAGUCAACACCUGAAAGUUCACACAGGAGAGAAACAAGUUAGCUGAAAUGAUUGUGAUAGAAGUUUAAGUUAUAAGAUCUGGGAUAGAACAAAUAAGAACCUGGGGUGUUUAUAAUUAGGAAGACAAAACAAACAAGGUGUAGUUGUUGCAAUAAAAAGUAAUAAAGUUAACCUGGGAACAAAAUGUAAUAAACAUAAAUACCAAUCCACAUCAAAAUAUACAAAAACCCACAAUCUCUGGCAUAUUCAGCAUGAUCUAAUUCAAACAGUCAUCACUAUUACUUCCUGUCUAAAUGUGUGCCAUAUACUAAUGACAGUUAGCUACAGAUUUCUAUUAAGUCCCUUCAGGAAUUCAAAUGUUAAUGCAAAUUUAUCUAAUCCUCCCGAAUUCCUCACAUCAUUACAAUUCUCUUCCUUGUUAUGGGAUGUUCCCGGACUGGGGCCUCUUGCUUUACGACAUCCUCUUUCUCUCUCUCACCCGUUUUCCUGUCACCCAGCUGUUUAACAAAGACAAUCAGAGCCUGAAACUUUCCCAGAGUUCUGCAUGAAAGUGGAGGCAAAUUAGUUUGAACCACAUUCAAAAGAUCUGCAAAUCACAUAUGAGAAAAUUCUCCUUGAUGACUCUAUGUCUUUCAGAUCUGUACUGAUACUGGAAAAAUCUACAUUUAAAACUGGUACAGGCUCUCGUUCCCUCUUAUAUAUAUAUAUAUAUAUAUAUAUAUAGAUAGAUAGAUAGAUAGAUAGAUAGAUAGAUAGAUAGAUAGAUAGAU